CACUCAAUGACCUCCUCAGCAGGAACGCAGUGAAACGUUACGGUCGACCAACAUAUUUUCCUCUGACGAACCCGGAAGUGGUUCGUCUGUCUCCCUCUGGCUCUCUGGAAGAGCAGCUCCGACUCUCUUAUAACCUCUCCGUUUUGUUGGAUAAAGUUCGCUCCAGCCGCUGAGCUCAGCAUCUCCCCAGGUGUGAGUGUUGGUAAGGUGCGUGCAUGUGUGUGUGCAUGUGAGUGUGUUGUGGGGUGAUGUACUGUGCGUACCAGGAUCGUGAGGAGUUGGAGGAUGAUCUCUAUCAAGAGGAUGAAGGGGACUCUGAGGGGUCAGAGGCCAACAGCGAGCUGGAGUUCCACCUCUACAGCCAGCUCCACUACUCCUCUAAUGCCGGGGAGAUGGAGGAGCGGGAGGACAGAGGAGAGAAGGCGGAGGGCCGGGACAGCCAGCAGCUUGAGGCACCUGAGAAAACUGUAGAAACUGACGAAGAAAGUAGGCCUCCAUCACCUGAUUUGAGCAAGUUACUGCAGUACCUGAAGAAGAAGGAGGAGAAGAAGAAGAAGGGAGAGAAACUUGAUAAGCAGAAGAAGGGGAACAGUAACCCUAUAGGUCAGAAGUUGGUGUCAUCAUAUUUUGAAGAGGUCAUCGUGAUUGACUCCGGCCCUGAUGUCAUCUCCAUCUCUGAGGAUGACACUGCCGAUGAUGAUGAAGGGGUCUGCGCCUUAAAGGGACGAAGCUUAGACCGGCAGCAGACUUCCACCCCGGCCCAACAGGGAACCCAGAAAAGUCUCAGUGUGCCGGUGACUGUGGUGUCCAGCAACUCAGAGUCUGAUUCAGAAGAAUCAAAGUCUGACUCGUCUGGAUCUUCUGAUUCGGAGGGUCUGGAGAACUGGAUGAUCCUGGGUCGAGGGAAUCAGGAUGGAGACCACAGCAUCUCACUCAACCUGGAGGGAGGGUCUGACGGCAGCGAAGAUGCUGCAGAAGAAGGGGGCAGCUGGUUGGUUUCUUCCAGGGACAAGGAGGCUCGGAUCUAUAACAGAGACAAGGGUGCCAGAAUAACGCCGCAGCGGGUGCCACACAGAUACUACACUGACAAGACCGUCCAGUGUAGAAACUGCAACAAGACCGGCCAUCUCUCCAAGAACUGCCCUGAGCCCAAAAAGUUGUCGUCCUGCUUCCUUUGUGGCACCCCAGGCCACCUGUCCAGUGACUGUCCCUAUAAGCACUGCAACAACUGCGGCAUGCCCGGGCACCUCUACAACUCCUGCAGCGAGAGAGCUUACUGGCACCAACGAUGCGAACGGUGCAGCAUGAGGGGGCACUUAUUUGACGCUUGUCCAGAGAUCUGGAGACAGUAUCACCUCACAACUAAGACGGGUACUCCUAAUACUGUAAAGCAGCGGAGAGAAGACCGGGGUCGAACCCCUGCCUACUGCUACAACUGCUCCAGGAAAGGACACUUUGGCCAUGCGUGUAAUCGGCAGAGGAUGUUCAAUGGGACGUAUCCCAGCACCCCGUUCAUCAACCACUACGACACUAGGAAAGAAAUCACAAACAGACAACAAUGGAUAAAAUCAAAGGUUAAAGAACUGAAGAAAAAGGGCUUGUUUUCUACCAGUUCUCAGACCCCUCUCACUCCAGGACCGCCUAAUAAGAAACAGAAAAUCAGCCAUUACAAAAGCAACCACCAGUUUAACCACACACCUCGCCAAAGCCCCAACAACCACAAACGCAGCCAUAUCUUUUUUAAUGACAACGAUGGCUUUGGUGCAGCAGCAGCACCACCCAAAACAAAUAACUACAACAAGUACAAACAGGGAAGUACUGGCCAUGUGAAACCGUGGAAACCCAAGAGACCAGUUCCCACCUCCAGAGAGCGUCUCCCACCAACUAAACUCAUUGUGGAUGAAGCAGAUGACUUUCCAAGAGGUAGAGGCAAAGGAGAGGAUACAGAGAAGAAGAGGAAGAGGUCAAGGAACAGGAAGAAAUCGCUACCAGAAGGACACGGAGAGUGCAGACCGGACCGUCUCUUUGGGACUAUACCUGAAGAGAUGCAGGGGUUGGCGUCAAAGCCACAGAAAGGAAAGAGGAACAGGAGAAGUCGAGCCUGGAAGAACGCUGACAAAAAUAAUGAUGAACAGAUGUACCCGACGGAUGAGAACCUGUUUAUCAUCAAGCAGAGGAAACGCAGGAGAUAGCAUCAGUUAGGUGUCGGGGUCUCUAUGACCAGUACAUAAAGUAUGUGUUCAUGAUAUUUAGGGACGUGUCAGACUUCUUGACUCAGGUCUCGCUGCAAAACAGUUGAAGUCGCCAGUGCUGCUUUAUGGGGUUCAUAGGCCUUAUUUAUGGUAGAUGUUUUGACAUGUCACGGUAGGAAAAGCACAGGUGUAAAUGAUAAAAUUCGGGUAAAUUGUGCAUGCUGACUCACUGUCACACUGUCGGGGCUUACUGGGACACUUUACAAGAACAGAGCCAUUGUUAAAGGAUAGGUACACAAUUUUUCAAGUCUGUCUUAAAGCAAAAAUGAGGUUCUGUCUAUGUGAACAUUGGAACAAGUUUUUCUUGCUGUACUCAUUCCUCCUGUUCAUACUGGUCCCAUACUGAGAUUCCUCCCUACGGUAAUACACUCACUCUCACGUAGAAGCACCACAAAACGUCGCACUAUGUCAAUUGUCAUGCGUGCAAAAGCCUGACUGUCAACACCAGAAGCGCAUUUUUCUAUGCCAGUCAACAAGCGAUUCUGCUUCUCUGAUAUUUUCUAUCUAGCUCUCUUCCUGUCUGCCUGUCUGCCUGUCUAACUGUCUGCCUGUCUGUCACUGAGUGUGUGUGUGUUUAGUGUUUUUAGUGUGUUUAGUGUGUUUGCUCAUCUCUUGCUCUCUGUUUAGACACAACUGACAAAUAUGUUGAUUAAGUACGUAAUUUAAAGCCCAUGAUCACAAACAGCAGUGACACAAGGCUAUUUCUAAUAAAUAUAGUGGAUCCAUUUUGAAAUACGAUUGGGAAGGAAUCUGAGGAAUUAAAACUCCGGAAAAACAGCAGGGAGAGAGGGGAGGGAAGUCAAAGGCGUUCAUGGAUGCAUAUUUUAUCAUCUCAUCAAAAUCAGAUAAUUUAUCAUUUAUAACGACACACACCUACGUUGGAACAUUGGAAGCUCUUUAUGAUCUUUUAAUGUCCAGUGUGAACAGGGGGGGUGAUUAAAACAAGCAAAACCUGUUAUAAAGUUCAUAUGAGCACCUGACUGUUGUUUUAAGACAAUUUGUGAAGCUACCCUUUAAUGGUAUUAGUUCUAGCUGUACAAGUUUCUCCUUGUGGUCAGUGUGACAAUUAUAGCGCAUAUUCAAACAGUGGCAUCGUUUUCACAUCUAAGUCACUGUUAAUACAAUCUCUGGAGUUGGAGAUGAGAGACGACGUGUAUGACCUGAUUGUUUCACAAGAAGCCAGUUUACAAGCUAAUUGUAAACCAAUAAAAAAAAAAAAAAAAACGUCAGACGAUAGCUGGUGGGUUCCAAGAUUGCAUAUCGGUCAAUGCGUUCCGCCACUUUUGCUCUCCACACGGACUGUUUACCUGCAUUCAACCAAAGCCUGCUUGAACGUGAUAACAAAUGGAAACCAGAACGCUUCCGGUACCAAAAUCUUGUCCCAUUGCCUACAGAUCCUACAUGUGAACGCAGAAUCUGUUUAUAUAGAUUACCGUUUAUCUAUUUGGAGAUAGACGAUUAAGAGCCAGUUAAGAGUUUAUACAGUCAGUUCAGUAGUUAUUUAAGGAAACAAAUCAUCUCCACAGUUCUGAUCAUUCUCAAUUAAACAACAGGAUAACUUGCA